UAGCAUUUUACGUGCUAUAAGCUUGGACACGGAAUCCCGGUUCCAGGCAGCGCCUGUCAUGCCCGAUGCCGGCCACCGCCGCGACCCAGCGCCGCCGCCGCUACCCCAAGAAGCUUCCCUACAAGCCGAAGCCCCCACCGGAACCGCACCCGUUCCUCCUCCACCUCAAGUCCCUCCCUUCUCCCAUCGCCGCGGCGGCCGCGCUCCUCUCCGCGCCGCGCCACCUCCACGACCACCCUUUCGCCGCGUGCGUGCUCUACCGCCUGGCGCGCGCGCGCCUCUUCCCGCUCGUCCUCCCGCUCCUCUCCGCUCUCCGGUCUCUCCGCGUCCCACUGCAGCCCACUGCCUUCGCCGCCCUUAUCGACCACCUCGGCGCCGCCUCCCGCCCGGACGCCGCGGUCCUCGUCUUCCGCGCCGUCCCGGCCUUCUGCUCGCACUCCAACGCCACGUUCCACGCCCUCCUCCACUCCCUCGUCUGCAACGGCCGCGUGGACGCCGCGCGGGACAUGCUCCCGCAGGCCCCUAAGCUCGGCGUCCGCACCAACGCCGUGUCGUACAACGUCAUCCUGAAGGGAGUUUGUCACCGGGACGGUUUCUCUGGCGCCCGCCCGGUGCUCGACGAAAUGCUCGGCCGGGGCGUGCGUCCGACGGUUGUGACGUUCAACACGCUGGUGGGCUCGGCGUGCCGGGAAGGGGAGCUGGCCGCGGCGGAGCGGCUCACGGACGAGAUGGCGCGCCGGGGCGCUGCGCCGAACGCCGUCACGUAUGCCCUGUUAAUGCAGGGCCUUUGCAACGCCGGACGUUACGACGACGCCAAGAAGCUGAUGUUCGACAUGGAGUACCGGGGCUGCCAGCCCGAGGCAGCGAACUACGGCGUGCUGAUGAGCGCGUGUGCUAGGCGCGGGGACCCCGACGGCGUCAGGGUGCUGCUCUCCGACAUGCGCAAGCGGAAGCUGAAGCCCGACGACGCGAGCUACAACGUUCUGAUCAGGUGCCUGUGCGACGCCGGCAGGGUUGACGAGGCGCAUAGGGCGCUGGUCGAGAUGCAGCUCAAGGAUACCGCCACGCCGAGCGCGGCCACGUACCGCGUCCUCGUCGACGGGUGCUGCAGUGCGCGUGACUUCGGGCUGGGUUUGCGAGUUUUCAACGCGAUGCUGGCGAGCGGCCAUUACCCGCUAGCUCGCACGUUCCAGCGCCUGGUGAGAGGACUCGGCGAGGAAAGCAAGGCGGAGGAGGCCUGCUUCGUCUUGGAGCAGAUGGAGAAGAGAGGGAUGCGGCUGGAUGCCGAUGGGUGGCAGUCUGUUGCUGCAUGCGUUUGCAGCAGCAGUAGCAGUCCAAGUGAGAUGAAGCUUGUCGACGACUUGGCGUUGUCGUCUUGAUACAAAGUUCGAGUGACAGAAAUCCGCCGCGGAAUUUGUUGCCAGGAGGCAGCUGUUAUGUUGCUUGUUUCGCACUAGUAUUAAAAAAACCUUUUUUCUGCUUAUGUUGCUUGUUUCACACUAGUAUUAAAAAAAAAUCUUUUUUUCUGCUUA